AUCAGUGAAACCAGUGCGACUGAAACCCUUGGAACGAGAUGCGAUCUGUACUGCCGACUGUGGGACUUCUCAGCCUCCUGCUGCUGCUCCUGGUUCUGCUGCUCGGCUCCCCGUGCAUUGAAUGCGGCAGAGUAAUAUAUUUCAAUCAAUUGAAUACCACACAAGCCGAGGAGGAGGCCAAAAAUAACACCGAUGCCCUCGGCAAGGGAAUGCUACUCGAUAUGCGGGGAAAUCGCUGCCAACGUGGGUACGUUCGCGAUCAUCAUGGGCGUUGCAGAAGGCGUGUCUGAUAUUGGACUCCCCCACUGGGCAAAGUUAAAUUUAAAUGCGUGUUUAUUUUUAAAGUCUGUUUGCCUGCCGAGAUUAAAACUGUCUACAGAUUUUGUAAAAACGAUAUGACAGAUAACAGCCAUUUAAGCGAAUAUUAUUUGUUUCUGCUUGGCAACAGCAUUUCUUUGCUAUUAAAAGGGUUAUUUUCUUAAAUGUAUAAAUAAUUGACCAAAUAACCUUUAAUUUAGUUUAUAUGUAAGCCUUUAAAAUAUGUGUAUAUAAUAUAUUCUUAAAGAAAA